AUGAAGACUUUCUCUCCCGUUGUUCUGGCCCUUCUGGUCGCCCUCGGUAUGGUUUCUGCCGCCGAUGUCUCUGCCACAGAAUGUGCUACCAUGUGUGUCAACAACAUGAACGACAAGGCUUCUGAGCUGAACUGCAAGUCCGGUGACAUGGCCUGCCUGUGCAAGAGCGAGGACUACUCCUUCGGUAUCCGCGACUGCACCAAGGAGGCCUGCCCUAGUGACGACGCCGAGAAGGUGUUGAAGAUGGCUCUGGAGAAGUGCCCUAACGGCUCCUCUGGCUCCAGCUCUGGUUCCGGUUCCGGUUCCAGCACCAGCACCGGCUCUGGCUCUGGCUCUGACUCUACCAAGACUGGCACCGACGGCGACAGCACUGGCACUGCCACCGGUACUGGCUCUGGCUCUGGAUCUGGCUCUGGAUCGGCCACUGCUACUGCCACUGGCACCGACAGCACUGCGACCGGCACCGACAGUAAUGCCACCGGUACCAGCACCGACAGCACGACCGGCUCUGAGGGUAGCGACAGCACUGGCACUGCCACCGCUACUGGCACCGAUGCCACUGGCACCAACUCCACCAUGAUGACCAUGACCACCACCGGCUCUAGCUCCAGCUCGACCGAGACCGGCUCUGGCAGCGGCUCCGGCAGCGAGUCUAGCUCUGGUUCCGGCUCUGGUGACAACAGCAGCACUGGUACCGGCUCUGGCAGCGCUCCCUCGACCAGCACUGGUGCUGCUCACCCCAUGGCCACCGUCGGCACUGGGGCUGUCGGCGCUAUGGGUCUGGCUGCCCUGUUGGUCCUGUAA